AUUCCCACAGAUCUUCAGAGGUCUGGUAGGAGUCCACCUGGAGGGACACAAGGGAUUAAAAGUGAUGCCCGUUCUAUGGCGUGGGAUGCCUCUGUUAGAGGGACUGAAUCCCCCAGCCUUCUCUCAAACCCCCCUUUGGAUCUGAGGACAGAAAGACCCGCUCCUGCCGCCUUCUUCCAUUGCUGUGCCCUCCUCCUCCUGGCCCCGGGCGAGAAGCAGCAACAGGCGGGCGGAGCCUCCCCGCCGGGCCGAUCCCUGCCAAGGGGCGUGGAGCUGCUCUGGAGGGGCCUCGGCACCGUGGCAGCAAUUGCCAGAGGAGCAGCUCCGAGAGCGAGACGGAGAGGAAGAGGAAGAGAGGAGGCGGCGGCGGCGGCGGCAACCAUGAACAGCGGCAGCAACAAAUGCGACGUGGUGGUGAUCGGGGGCGGCAUCUCAGGUCUAUCAGCAGCCAAGUUGCUUUUUGACUCAGGAUUAAAUGUUAUCGUUCUGGAAGCCUGUAACAGGGUUGGAGGCAGAACAUUCACUGUAAGAAAUAAACAUGUGAAAUAUGUAGACCUGGGAGGAGCAUAUGUGGGACCAACACAAAAUCGUAUUUUGAGGCUGUCUAAGGAACUGGGUCUUGAGACGUACAAAGUGAAUGAAGUUGAGCAUCUCAUUCAUCAUGUCAAAGGCAAAUCUUAUCCUUUCAAAGGACCUUUUCCUCCAAUGUGGAAUCCCAUUGCCUAUUUGGAUUACAACAACCUGUGGAGGACAAUGGAUGAAAUGGGGAAGGAGAUCCCCAAUGAAGCUCCUUGGGAGGCACCACAUGCUGAAGAAUGGGACAAAAUGACAAUGCAAGAAUUAAUAGACAAAAUCUGCUGGACAAAUGCUGCCAAGAGGUUUGCCACGUUGUUUGUAAAUGUGGAUGUUACCUCUGAGCCUCAUGAAGUCUCUGCUCUCUGGUUCUUGUGGUACGUUAAACAGUGUGGUGGGACAACCAGGAUAUUUUCAACAACAAAUGGAGGACAGGAGAGAAAGUUUGUUGGUGGUUCUGGCCAAAUCAGUGAGAAAAUCAUGGAUUACUUGGGAGAUUUAGUAAAAUUAGAGAAGCCAGUAAGCUACAUUGAUCAGACUGGUGGAAAUGUAAAAGUGAAAACUCUGCAUCAUGAAACCUUUGAGGCUCAGUAUGUGAUUUGUGCCAUACCUCCAGCACUUACUUUGAAGAUUCAUUUUAACCCACCUUUGCCUUCCAUGAGAAAUCAAUUGAUCAAUCGGAUUCCUAUGGGAUCAGUCAUCAAAUGUAUAGUAUACUACAAGGAAGCAUUCUGGAGGAAAAAAGAUUACUGUGGUACUAUGAUUAUUGAAGAUGACGAUGCAGCUAUUGGUUUGACGUUAGAUGACACCAAACCUGAUGGAAGCUUCCCAGCCAUAAUAGGUUUCAUCCUUGCUCGGAAGUGUAGAAGAUUGUGUCACCUAACUAAGGAAGAAAGGAAAAUCGAGAUUUGUGAGCUCUAUGCAAAAGUGCUGGGAUCACAGGAAGCCUUACGUCCAGUACAUUAUGAAGAGAAGGACUGGUGUGAAGAACAGUAUUCUGGAGGAUGCUAUACAGCCUAUUUCCCACCAGGAAUCAUGACUCAGUUUGGAAGGAUCCUUCGUGAGCCAAAUGGACGAAUCUUCUUUGCUGGCACUGAGACAGCUACUGAGUGGAGUGGCUACAUGGAAGGAGCUGUGCAGGCUGGGGAAAGAGCUGCCAGAGAGAUAUUGUGCUCUAUGGGAAAAAUUUCAUCAGAAAACAUCUGGAAGAAAGAACCUGAAUCACUUGAUGUCCCGGCCCUGCCAAUCACUACUACCUUUUGGGAAAGAAACUUACCUUCUGUACCUGCACUACUGAAACUGAUGGGAUUCUCUGUGUUCUUUACAGCAGCAUCUGCAGCCGGUCUCUUUGCAUAUAAAAAGGGUUUGCUGGUGCGAAAUUGAAAGCGGUUGUCUUAAUGUGAAGCUGUGUAUCUACAAGUUUGUGUGCAAUCACAUAGUCAUUUUACUCUCACUGAGCAGUAGUUACUGUCAUUCUGAAUUAUCCCAUUUAUUUAUUCUAUGAAAUUUGGUCUUGUGAAAGAGUCCAGUCUGUGUUUUUGAGACUACAUUGGCUGCUAUUAAAAUACACAUUGUAGUGGGAGACCUGGUGUCCUUAUACUUCUUUUUUACACACACACACACACACACACACACACACAUAUAUUUAUAAAGUGGAUAUUUACAGCGAUCUUGUGCAAUGGUAGAACAAAAUCCAUAGUACAGUGAGAGAAAACUGUGUGACACUAUGUUGUCUCCAGAUGUCAGGGGAUUAGAUAACAUAAGCACAGAGAUGUUUGUUAAUAAAGUCCAGGAACAAAAUUCUACCUGGAAUUGAGGGGUCUAAAUUCUUUGGUACUGUAUUUUGGCUUUUUUUUAUCCUGUGGUGUUUUGCAAAAAUUAUAAUUACAAUGCUGGAACAGAAGUGUUUUAAAUAGGGUUUCCCAUCACUAUAGGCACUAAAAAUAUUGGACCUGCAGAUUGAAUAUUCAUUUAUGCAUAUCAGAUGAGUAGAGUCAUCCUGGUCAGAUGCAAAAGAGGGCAGGGUUCUGGCUCCUCCAAUCGUUGCACAUAGGAGGGUAUUUCAACUGGAAUUUUAACUUGAAUAAUUAACUAUACUUUGUCAAAAUGUCCUCUUUUAUACAACUCAUAAAAUCAUAGUAGCCCUGUUCUCUUUUGCAUGUGGCCGCCCAAUAACAAAUGCAAACAUGCAUUCAAAAGAUAGAGAACAAUCUUUGUUUGUAGUUUCAUUUCUGUAUUCUUUAAUCUUUAAUAAUAAAAAUAGCUAGGAGUAGAAUAAAGGAUAUGUAGGACUCAUAUACCCAUGGCAGGGGGAUUAGGAUCUGUUCAUGACAAAGUAGUACACCAUCCUACUCAUUUCCUACUUGGGUUACACGGUUACUUGCUUCCAAACAUUUCUCCAUAACCAUGAGAUUCCAGUUUCAGCUUGAGAUAUUAGAUUGUAUCCAGAUGUAGUCAUGCUUAGAGCAGAUCCAUUGCAAUAUACAAGGUUGUGAUCCUUACAAUUAAAGUGAUCUAUUGAUUUUGAUGAAUUUCUUCUAAAUCUGGAUCCAAGCUUAUGGGAAUUAACCUAGGUGCACCUCCACAGUGAACCAGUGGCUUGGGAGACAGAGAUGUUCCCUGUCAACUUCAUUGUGGAGCAGCUGGGCAGAAGGGACAGUCCCUGAUAACUUGUGAGUACAGAACCAGUGUGAUAUAGAAUCUUGGUUUCUGUUAGUUAGUUGUUAUAGUGACCUUGUUAAAAUCAACAAUGUCAGUACAAUUGGCAUUUCAGAAUGGGACUGAAUUGCCUGCUUUUGCCAAAGCAGAAGCCAUUUCUAUAACUAUAGCUGUGGAAUGGUGAUCUGAAUGUUUCUUUUCAAUUUCAGACCUCCUUUUUAGAGAUCUGAAAGACCAAGGAGUAAUAGGAAUAUAGGCAUGGUGCCCAUUUUCUCAGUCGCCAUCAUGGUGAAUUCAUGUACUCACAAAAAUACUUCUAGAUUCUUUCUUAACCUUCAUAACUUCAUAAGAGAAUAAGCUAUCCACCUGCUUGUCAUAUUUAUAGUUAGUUUUCUCUUCCAUUGAGUGAAAAGAGCCAUAUAUGGCUUUUCUCUUCCUAUCUUUAUUCUUGCAGCAGUUUUGUGAGUUUCAGGCCCGUAUCAUGAUCACCAUGCUCAAUAUAUCCCAUAUGCAUGGAGGUAUUGGGAUAACAAUUCAAAAGGUUUGCUAGGGUAGAUCCUCUCUCACUCAGACUCAGCCCCCCCCCCCCCCCGAAUCAAAAUCCUGGCUACGAGCCUGGUGAGGUUGGUCAGGCUGAGUGAAAGUGAGUAACCCAAGAUCAUCCAGUGAGUAUCAUGGCUCAGUGAAGUCAUGAACUUGAGCUUUCCAGACCCCAGUUUAACACUCCUGAGCAUUAUCCUACAUUAGCUCUGGGGAGUUAUAUCUAUUAUACUAAAUCAUGGCGCUUUACCAACAUUUUGUUAAUUCUUAGAUUGGUGUUUUUGUCACAUUCUCCCUCCUUCAGUUUUUAAAAUUAUCUAUCUUCAUCUCUUUGUCUUGGCUAUAAACACCUUAAUCAGAGUGCCCAAAAGUCAUUAUUGUGAGCUAUAUUUUCAGAGUCCUGUUGGGGCCUAAGUCUUCACAAGUGGAUUUAUGUUUCCAGCAAUCAGAAUUGCACAAUUGCACAAAUUGCUACGUAAUAGAACCAGCAAAGUGUCCAAUGUGCUUAGGUACUCAUACGAAAUGUACACUAAUGUGCAUUGCACAUUGCAUACUCAUGCACAAUGGUUUCAGUAAACAUUGUAAUCAUGUUACACAUCUUCACAUUUCAGUAAAGGGGUUUCUUAGCACCUCUGCUAUAUGGUUAGGAUAAUGUUACAUAACAUAACAGGUCCAUCAAAGAUCAGUUUGCCAUGGUACCAUUAGACUUACACUAAGCAGCUAGGGAAAAGGUUUUGUACAGGGAAUUACCAAGAUGCUUUCUUGCAGAAUGCCUGAAAAAUUACAUGGCAAAAGCUAACGGUGUUACACUAGAAUAGGACACAAAGAUGAUCCCAAUCUCUUUCUCUAUAGGGUAAGCAGCUGACAGAACAAGACGUACUUUACAGAGGUAGAGGAGAAAAGUGCUGCUUUAUGAAACUACUAGGAAGUAAGCAUCUUUGUAGGUCUUCUGUAAUUUGUUCCAUGUUAAUAGCACAUCUGUUUCAUAAGAUGGGACAAGAAAUUAUCUGAAAGAGUUUGUUUCUAGUGGAUGAUCUUUGUGAAUAGGGAAGCAAUCUUAGAGAUAUCUGGAAGGCAUAGAAAAAUAAAACUAAAGUUCAAAAUAUAGUGAAUAUGUAUUUAAUCUUCCUACCUCUUCUCACCAACCUGUGAUGUUGCAUUCAUAGAUAUUCCGAAAAUUAUAUUUUCUUUUUAUUGCUUUUUAACAAGCACUCAGAUGCUCUUGAAAAAUAACCAGAGUUAAUAUUUAUGGUCUGUGGAUUAGAAUAGAUAAUAAUGGUUAUUAUUAUUCCCAGAAGUUUCAUUUUUCCAACACAUGUCAGCUCCUCCUUUCCUGAGAUGAAAGGAAGCCAGUAUUUCUAGGAAAUGGAGCUAUUUAUCAUGGCCUAAUCAGAAACAGAAAUCGCUUGCAUAGUACAUGAGAUCUGAGUUGCAUAACCUGAUCUAUGAGGUCUGGUAGAUGGUUGAUCUUGCCAUUAGGCAAGUGGUUGGACACACUGAACUUUAGCUCUUUAUUUUUACAAGAUUUCUUGGAAGGAAGUCCUACUUUAUUAAUGUUACUUACCCCUGCAUAACCAAAGGGUCACUAUAAACCAAAGUUCACAUCUGUACUGCAGGCUGUAUGCUCCUGUACAAUGUUCACUUCUUAAAGCAGCUAUUAUUGCCAAUCAUCUGUUAAGAAGAAAGGAAAGCAUGAAUUGAAUGGGCUCCAAGAUUGUCUUUUCCUCCUUCUGUCCUACUUACCAAGUAAUUUAUCUUUCUGAGCUGAUAGUAUUCAUAGUGAGGAAGUUUAAAAAGCAAAGGCUCUACACCUUUAAAAAACAGUGUGUUUCAUCUGUAAGGAUUUUUCUAAAAAUCUCAUGCAGAUUCUGAACUGAUGUUAAAACAUAGAUGAGCAACACAAGGUUUUCUUGGUUGGACUAAAAUUCCCAGCAGUCCAAGCGGGAAUGCUGUGAGUUGCAUUGGGAUGGGCAAAGCCACACAUUGCCUACCCAAUGUAAAGUAACAAGAUUUUUUUUUUUAAAAAAUGGGAGAAUCUCUUCUCAAACAUUGGUUACAUGUUUUCAACAUUGCCAACAGAUAAUAGUACCUUAUUUUCUCCAAAACAAAGUAUUUUUAAAUAUACAGGCAGUUGCCAAGUUAUGAACAAGAUAAGUUCUGUAGGUUUGUUCUUCAGUUGAAUUUGUUUGUAAAUCAGAAGUUACAUUUUUAAAGUGUAACUUCAGCCAAAAAUAUAUAUUCUUUAACUUUGGACAGCAUAGGGAAGGGUUAAUGUCCCUAUGGUGUUUGUUUUCUGGUCUGUGCCCCUGUUCAGAAGACUUCACCUCACUUUCUGUAAUCAUUGGAUUUUUUAAAAAAUUAGCUUGUUGUGGAAGCAAGGAUUAAUGAUAAAGCUUCAGUGGAGACACCUUUUCCUCAUGAUAACUCUUUCCGGAGUGAAUUUCCCUUCCUAGGGAUAGAUUUCUUUCACUUCCUGUUGUUUCAGCCCUGUUCUUAACUAUGAGUCCUUUGUAAGUCAGAUGUUUGUAACUCAGGGACUGCCUGUAAUAGUAUUUCCAUCUUGUUUGUGGAGAAAACUCUGUAAAAUAAGAACAGUAGGGAGGACAUGAAUUCGUUUACUGACUCAUGAAACCAAAAGUCCCAUAAUCUAUGUGAGUGCAAUUUAGCUAUCUAGUGGUCUGCUUCUGAACAAUACUGUAUAAUAAGAGGACUAUUAAAAGUGACUGCUCUGUGCUCUAGUCUUUUAUCAUAUAUGGUUGGAAAUCUGCCAUGUUUCUUAAAACCCUGCACAUCGCUGAUUCAGUAAAGGCAACAUAUUAUGCUGUUGUUCAUUUUUGAAUGAAUGAGUCUAUGUAUUAAAGUGUAUGUUAGGUUAGGAUACUCACCUCAAUUAGAAACCAUUGACAUAUAGACCUUAUUGGGCUAUAACUUUGAAGUAUGUGUAUGUGUGUUUGUACAUUCCUCAUGGAUUCUGGAAUGAGCAGGAAGAACAAUAGUGUGCCAGACAAUCUGGUCAUUGCUUGGGCAUUUUGUGCACUUAAGAAUAUAUGUGUAAAGUACUAUUGACAUUGAAUUCAAUUAUGUGUAUCACCUGGAGGCAUGUUUAGUUGCCAGCAGCAGUGUCCAGAAUGGUAUGAUAUGGUAUAGCAUAGUAUGGAGAGUGAUUGCACUUACGCAACAGGGAAUUUAAAUUACCAAGUGCCAUUGUCUUGGGUGAAGGUUGUCAAAGAAGAAAAUUUAAAUGUAUCCUAUAUGGAAAAUAUUUUGGUUGUUACUUUACCUAUUAAAACUAUGGUGAAGAUUUUACCAAGGAAAAAUAAAUAGUGUAGAAGAUAAUGAAGAUGCACAAAAGGAUACUGUUGACUGUAAUGUUAAUUGCCCCUGGUGUUGAUCCAUUUUACUUUAUUUGUAUCUGUUUAUGCACUGUAUUGCUGUAGUAAUUGUACUGCUGAUUCCAUCCUUGAUAUCAGUGUAGUUAGCAAAAUCAAUUGUGGAAUCUGUAAGAGUGAGAGAAUUAAUUAUGGCUCAUUAAUGAAUACCUUUCUGCCUUGUGUCAAAAGAAUAUUCUAUGACAACAUACUCUUAAUGUGUUUUAUUGAUAUGCUUUAAUAUUUUCUAUGAGAUACCUUGAUCGAAGAUAUGAUCUGUAUUAGAAUUCAUAACUGAAAUCAAAGAUGGUCUUAAGAACUGAUGGAAAGAUCAAUGUCAACAUCUUCACACUAUUGAAAUAUACACAUUGAACUUGAUAUAUAUGUAAGGGGUCACUUUAGGACAGGCAUAGGCAAGCUGAUGCCCUCUGUUGUUUUGGAUAACAACCCCCAUCAGCUCCAGAAUCGUCAUUGACUGCCCUUGAAUUGACUGUUUACUUCUGAAGUUCAGAAGAAUCCCAUCCUCAGAAGUCCACGCUGGGCACAUUCAGUAGCCACUCUGUGCCAAAAGAGGACCAUACUACAGCCAGGUUGGACACUGGUGUCUCCAAAGUACUAGGUAAAAAUUUAGUGUAGGCACCAGUGUCCCCACCAUUAUCCCCAUUAGAAUGUUUCUGAAGCAUUCAUUUGUAUAUGGAAGGAACUGUUAUGCAAUAGUCAUAUACUAUUAUCUUGCUGCCACUUCUGUUUUGCAGUGGUAGGCAGACUUCACAACAAAAAAUGUCUUAUUGUAUGUCUGGUGGGUCACCAUAUCUACAUUCAGCUUGGUUGUUCUCAGGCUAUUCAGGCCUAUUGCACAGUUUACAUGUUGCAAAUGGUAACUGAUUUUAUGACAGGUGCUCUUUAUUUCAUUUAUAUCCCAUUGUGUUCAUCUCAGCGAUUCUCUUAGACUUGUAUUUCACACUCAGUUUAGCUUUAAAUUAUAUCAGUCAAAUGCUCUCUGGCUACUAAAGCUGAAUCUUUGGGGGGAAGAAAUUAUAAUCCAUAGCAGCGCUUGCAUAAUUCUACCUGAUCUAUAUGCAACAUCAUUUAGAAUGCAACAUAAAAUAGAAAUCUAAAAUGUCCAUCUGGAUCUGACUAAUAAUUCAUGCAUAAAUUUCAAAAUCUAGACCAGUUUGCCUACUAAUCAAAUGUGUGCCUAGGUGCUUCAAUACGAUUUGCAUCUGAGAGAUGCUUCAGAUCUCAGUGGGCUCAAAGAUUUCCAUUGGGUGGCAGGAUGUACAAAAAGAUUGUUAAGUAAGUAGCACACUGUGUGAUACAGUUGCAUGAAUGCAAGAUUUACCUCAUUUUUCAAAUGAAUUCAAAUGGAAGCCAGGAAAUCCUGCUUAUAUUUGCAUGUAUGGAUACCCAGGUAAUGUGUGAUUUUCAUGGAUUGCAUAGCAUUAUCAGCUCUUCCACCUAUGAUCCUUACUAGUAAAAAACCUACUAACAGAUAAACAUGCCCACAAAUAGCUAGAAAUGGGAGAGUACAAAACAAACUGAUAUUUUGAUAUUUGAAAUAUAUUUGGUUUCUGUUUCCUACAAACACAUACACAAACCAAUUGAAAACUGUUGAUCAUCAUAUCAGAAGCUCGUCUGCUCAAAUGUGAUUUUUUUUAAGUGACCUCAGAAAACCUUUUCAAACUCAGCCACAAUCCUAAUAGAUUUCCCAAAGAUUGUACUUUAUCUCUAAAGGGGAAGGGCUCUCUCUCCUUAGAACAUCUUUUAUUCUGGAACAGCCUUUCCCCCUGAAACAGCCUUUCUGAUGGCUAUUCAUUCAGGAAACUCUCAUUAGCAUGCUAUGUGGCAAUAAGGGAGAAGCUCUAGUACAGAAGAGCAUUCAAGUGGUCAGAAUUAUGUCUGGCAGUUGACUCCUCAAAGCUAAAAUCAGUUCUGCCGAGGGAUGAAAAAAUAUUUGAUUCUAAGAAAGGAAGAAAUGCACACACUAGAAAAUAUGUGUUUAAAAUGGCAGCACUAAUCCACCAGAGACCUACCGGUUACCUUGUGAGCUUAAACACUGCAAUUAAAAAUAGGUUACAAUCCUCUCUAAGUAAAUUUACCCAUUGAUUAAACAGACUGUUCCUUCCAGCAUCCCUUGCCCGAAGCCUUGUCUGCUCAGCUUCCGUUUCAGUGGAAAUAGAAGCAAAAUCUUCAAAGUAAGCUCAUUAUUUUAAAGAAAGUACUUUAAACGUAAUUAAUUAGACACUGAUCUAAACUGUAGCUGAGCAUUUAUCUCGUUUGAUCACCUACCAAUAUAAGUGAUCAUGUUUGUCUGUCUGUUUUGUAAAACAAAAAGUGACAGUACAGUACAAAGCUAUGGAUUUGGUAAGUUGUGGUUUGUUGGUGCCUUAUAGAAUUGUGGUGUUUUUCUCAAGUGCCUGUUGUGGUGGCUGUUUCUGUUGAAUCCAUUAUCGCAUUCCUUUUUUCUAUUUACUAUGUCUUCUGGAUAUUUUUACUUGGCAGUGGUAAACUUUUUAAAAAACAGACUCAAAGGAAUAAUAAAUAUUGCUGCACUAAA